UGGAAAGUUCACAGCGUGUUUGUGCCUGUGCGUGAGUGUAUGUGAGCGCAGAGGCAACUGCAGAAAGUGGGCGUGGAUGUCCGAAACAACUCCCUGGAACUGAAUCAGCCCUCCUUCAGUCCUCAGCUGGAGCAAGUGACAGCGGCACCCGAGAGUGUGUGCGUCAACUCACUGGGAAGCCAUUCACGUUCACUCCUUUCGAAGCGGGACGUUUGACCACCUGUGAGCCAUGGAAGACGACGCGUCCCACGCCGAGCCCAGCAGCAUCUCUGGCAGCACCCACACCAUUCCGCAGCAGCCGCAGGCCGAGAACACGGAGAUACUCACCCCGAGCUUCAAGCCACCGUCCGCGCCGUCCUCCCCGACUCCCACCGGCACCCUCUCCCGCUUGGGCUUCAGGAGCCCCACCAGCCCGACCUCGGCCGCGCCCGGCAGCCCCGUGGACCGCGGCCAGGUGAGCGCCAUAACCGUGGUGGCGCUGCUGGACAAGCUGGUGAACAUGCUGGAGUCGGUGCAGAGCAACCAGGAGCGCAUGGAGCAGCGGCAGGCCGACCUGGAGGACGCCGUGCGGGUGGUGCAGGGCGACGUGACCCGCCUGUCCAAGACCCACGUCGGCACGUCCAACAGCGUGUGCAAGCUGCUGGAGCGCUCCCGCAAAGUCAGCACGCACCUGAAGGACGUGAAGGAGCGCCUGGACAAGCAGGGCGUCCAGGUGAAGAAGCUGGAGGCCAACCACAGCCACCUACUGAAGAGGAACCACUUCAAAGUGCUCAUCUUCCAGGAAGACAAUGAAAUCCCCUCCACCGUGUUUGUCAAGGAUUCCCUCAAGACCCCACAACCAAGCCAGUAUGAUGCGGAAUCCACGCAGCCUAAUCCAUCUGUUACAGGCUCAGUCGAUUGCAUCAACCAAGAGGAAGGUCUCCAGACCAUAAGCCUGUCCUCCGAUGAGGACGAGCUUACACUCAGAGAGGAAUCCUUGCUGGAGGGUGAGGCUGCGAUGGGCACCUCGUCCGUCGCAUUCGAGAGAAGAGCCGACAAGUUCAAGCGCUCCAGCCUGAAGAAGGUCGACAGCCUGAAGAAAGCCUUUUCACGCCAGAGCAUCGAGAAGAAGAUGAACCAGAUCACCACCAAGAUCGUGCCUCCGGAGAAACGGGAGAAACUCAAGAAGAGCCUCACCCCUAACCACCCCAAGAGCCCGACCGCCAAGACCUCCACUUUCAAGGUGUCUCCCAUGACCUUCAAUGUGAAGAAGGUCAGAGAUGGGGAGGAGCCCACACAAGACAUAGCCUCACCCGGGGAAGAAGCCAUUGUGGAGAUCCCUCCUCUGGGGAGCCUCGAUGGCGAGAUUCCACUGGCAGAGGUGCACACCCAUGAGGGCCUCGUGAAUCAGGUUCACGAGGAGCUGAGCCCUUCCACCCCUGAGAGUCUGAAGGCAGAGCUGGAAAUCAACGGAAAAGCCCCGAGCAUCGAGUGUGAGAUCAAUGGGGAACGUUUUGCUGGCCUGGCAGUUCCCGAGCAUGAUGAAGAUGUUGGGGAGGAUGUAGACGAGGAAGACGAAGAGGAGGAAGAGGAGAAGCACAAAAGUCCUGUUGAAACAGCAGCAGAUGUCCAACUUCCACAAGCAACAGUUGCAGCUGUGGAGCAAGUGUCUUAAUAUGAUUUGAUUGUGAGCAUCAAAAUCUAGUUUCCCAAUUAUUUUUUUUUUUUUUUUUUCAGAUUCAUACAAUUACUGGACACCUAACAGGCGCAAAUUAUCCCUCCACCAUAAACAGUCUUGUCACUCACACCCUCUGGAACCAUACAGUCAGCUUCCCCCCGAACCUCUCCUACAACACUAUCUUUGUUUAUCACCAGCACAGACUAGUUCUGAUUGGAGCAUCCGUUAAGUCAGUUUCCUACACCGUGCAGUCAGGCUGCUUAAAGAAGGCAGAAUUGCAGCGAUGCAUCAUAACUCACUCUCACCAACCACGCCCGCCACUCCAAUAGGUGCACAUUUCCAGGGAACUGGAACAACUAUCUCCCUCCUCCUGUGUUUCGUCUGCCUCCAGCCCUCUCUUCCUCAGUGAUGAAUAGCCUCUUUUGUUCUUUGUGAUCUUUUUUCUUUUUUCUUUUUUUGAAAAAUAGUAAAUCCUGUGCAGCAGUGGUGCUGCCCACAGCCAGUCGAGGCAGCGUGUUGCCAGGUUGUGCAAGAGUUGGAAUUCCUGCAUUUUCAGUGGACUAGAGGUUGUUCACUGAAUUCUCUGCGCUGAAGCAGCCCUGGUCUUAACUAACAGGUGACUUCAGUAGUGGCUGACUCUUACCUCGCCAGCUGUUGAGAAACUGUAUGUUAGCGGGAUCCAGUUUCAUCUUUUCCAGCCUCAUCAUGAUAACAUCUGACAUUAGCUGCAUGCUACACUUUUGUAUGAUUGCCAGAAACCAGCAAUUAACCAGAAUAGAUGAGAGUUUAGUCAAAAGGGAUGUUAACAACACAAGGGACCUUACAAGUUUUAGUGCUGAGAUACUAAAUGUCACAGUACUACUACUUUUUAUGUGUAUGUACUUUUUCUAUGUAAGGCACACUACUUCCUAGGUAUUUACAGCUUAAACACUAUAAAAUAAUACAGUUAAUUUGCCUUGAGUGUGUGUACUUAUACAGCUAAUGUUGUAUCUGUGAUUUAUUGUUUUUGUUUUUUUUUUUGUUACUAUAUCAUACUUAGGUUUUGAUGAGCUGCUUUUUUCUUCUUCUUCUUUUUUUUCUCAUUCAUCCAUAAGUUACGUGGUGGAACAUUUACUCAGUUUCACAUGUUUAAGCCCUGGACGCUAUCUGAAAAAUUUACGGGAACACCGUCACCCAAUGCCUCGAUGCACACAUAAACGCACUCCUGCAGUACAGUGUUGGAGUUACCUGGCACACGCUGGUCCAAGUAUCUGCACUCCUGGAAAAAUGGACUCCUGUGUUUGCAUGGAUAAGAGUUAAAGUAAAACAUGCCUCUUUGAGGCGUGGCUCAUUUCUCUCCUAGGAAUGCCUUGUUUUUUUUGUUUUUUUGGUCUUAGUAAAGAAUUUGUUCCAGUUACGUAAAGAAAGUUUAAAGGGUGUACAGACGCAUUGUUUGCAAGCAACUUUUUUGUUUGGAAGUCAUGCCUACAAGUUACCAUAAAGCAACCUUCCUCUUGUUGCUCAGAGCUUCGCCAGCAGUUAGUUACAUGCCAUGACUUCCUAAAAAUAAUUUACCAAGUGCUACCAGGUGCCAAGAAUCCAGAUACUAGAGAGGUCACAGAAGUGGAUAAAGGCAGAGGACAGCAUUCCCAGUUUUGACGGAUGACUCCUGCUCUGCCCAUUUUUCAUGCUCAUGGCCUCCUUGUUGAGACAGUGAAAAAAGAAGAGGAGGUUUCUGUGGAGCCACAGGUGUUCUGCCCCCGCAGAGGCUCCUGGGCAUGAGCGUGCAGAGGAGAGGGGUGCUGGGAAGUGUGAGAAAAAGGGCGUCAGUAGUUGGCGAGGAUGAUAGAAGUGCCUUUGGUUAAGGCAGAUGUGCAUCUUGGCAGAAAGGUGUUUCAAUUUUGAGAGUCUGCAAUGUGUCUGAGCAUGGGAGCUGAAAUAUGUUUAGGGGAUAUACAUACCAGCAGCUGUCACAGCAGGAUUAGGAAACUAGUAUUUCGGUUUUACUACACCCCACAGGCAUAUAAUAGGUUUUAUUUUUUUUAAUCAAAUAAUGGUGCCUCAAGUACUCACUGUAUGCAAACUAUGCAAUCCAAUAUUUUUAUUGCAUUUCUAAUAAUCACAUUUGAUUGCUCUGAAAUAAGACUAAUAUGACAUCACAGGAGUUAUUUUCUUAAUGAAAGCAAUAGCACACAUUUAUAAGGAAACUCCUGCAGGAGACUCCCAUGAAUUGCCGAUAACAUAAGUGUAUUGGUUCAACCAUUCUCUGCCAUAUACUUGCAUGUUGUUACAGUGACUUAUGUGAAAUCUUUACAUCUUUGUGAAUAUUUAACAAGUUUGUAUGUUAUCCACGUAUAAGUGCAUGAAGAAGGAUUAAACAUCAUUCAAGCACUGAAAUUCUGCUGUUCGUAGACAAAGAGUGAUUAUAUAAAAAGACAAGUACAGGUUAAUGCUUGUUGUUUGUUUACAGCCCUGAUAAAGGCCGGAGAGAAAACACCAACCAUCAUUGCAAAUAUUCAGAUAUUCAUACAAUAGACUAAAGUUACAUAUUCCUCAUUAAACUGUUUCAGCUGAUUAUUGUUUUUAUUAUCAGCCAGGAAACAAAUGUACAUGAUCAACUGUGUUUCUGUACUGCAGUUAUUAAGAAUCUGUGGGUCAAAUAAAUAAUUCAUAAAUAGUCUUAUUUUUAUCUUUUUGAGUGGGAUUAAAAGCAAAGGGUUUCUCACACUGUUUCACUUUUCCAAAGUUUGAUUAAUGCAGGUCUAGGCUAAUGCAGCAUGGCAUGUAUGACAGACCAAGUGCUUUGUGUAUAACAAAAAGCCAAUAUUCUCGGUGGGAAUUUUAAGAAGACAAUAAACAAUGAGACCUUUGUGAAUUUAAACUAUUUGUUAUCUGUGUUUAUUAAAUGUCCUUAGCCGUGUUAUUUUCAUUCUUUGUAUUACUGACAGAACUGAAAAGGGAUCAGACACUACUAGAUUUCAAUGUGUGACUUAUUUUCUGCUUAUUCGUGCACUUGUGUUACUUGGUGACAUCAUUGUCUGCUAACAUCAAAAUAAAUAAAAGCAUAAAUAUAUGUAUGAGUGCAUAACGCCUUUUUUUUAUUUUUAUUUGUUUGGUUGUCAUGUUGUUAAAGUCUGGCUCACACCUGGCACUUAGAGCAUUUUUCGGGACAUAUUGUGUUUAAUAUGGUUUUAUUUUAGUUGAACCAAAGACGUUUCCUUUGACGAUUCCCUGACACUUAAGUGUUCAAAUGUGCUCCUCUUGAUGUGCCUUGUAAACUUGCAGGCCUUUCUUUUCAAACUUUAGUGUUGCAAACAUUAAUAAAGAUUUUAUAACAGUGA